AUGUUGAAAGGUGAACCCACUUACGGUCCAGAGCUUCAGAUGUCUACUUUACAAGCGCAAAGAUACCUUCCCAAAAAAAUCAUGGAGGGGAGGAGUUCAAAUAGGGAGAUAAGGAAGAGGCAGGAUGAUUCACGUCCAUCUCAUUCAUCACUAAUGCUUGCAUUAGCUGUAGCAAUGGUAACGGUUCAUUCAUUCGAAUACACGCAUUACUGUUUUUAA